AUGGAGGAUGAUGACUACCAGGACGUCCAACAGGAUGCGCGGGACGUUGUGGUGGUGGAACGGCCGAAGCGGCUGACCAAGAUUGAGCGGCACGACGGCACGCAGGCCUUCGCCGACGCUGUGCUGGAGAUGGCGCAGCAGAUCUUGGACCAGAUGCCGCCGGAAUAUAGCUACAAGGAUGCUGCAACGAAACUUAAAAAGAAGCUGGACGAGGAGAAGAAGGGGACCUGGCAUGUUAUUGUAGGAUCACACUUUGGUGCGAAUGUAACGAAUGACGCUGAAACUCUUAUAAACUUCAAAAUAAAUGAGAUGCACUUUCUCGUCUUUCGUUCUGGUCCACCCGAGCGUCCACUCGAUGCCACUGAAGAGCAGAAGUAA